UACGAUUUUAUUAUAUGUAUAAAUAGUGAUAAGUACACGCACAUUAUAGCAUUUAGUUCUCGGGCCUACUAGCACGAAUAUCUCCUAUAACCUUCACUGGGGCUCGGGUACUGACUUCGCUCACAUCGCAGUCGCGCGGCGUCGUUAGACCGGACCGCUGCUUUUCGUUUCGACUACAUUCCAUUCCGCCACAUCACAACAUGUCUCAACAAGGCCCUGCCUUCGACGUUAAUGCUAUGACCCUCACAAGAUGGGUCUUAGCACAGCAGAGAAAUGCACCAACGGCCACUGGUGAUCUGACACAGCUUCUCAACUCGAUCCAAACAGCAGUCAAGGCGAUACAGUCAGCGGUCAGGAAAGCCGGCAUCGCUAAACUUCAUGGAAUAUCCGGCGACGUGAAUGUCCAAGGCGAGCAGGUCAAGAAAUUGGACAUUUUAUCCAACGACCUGUUUGUCAACAUGCUCAAAUCGUCUUUCACCACCUGCCUUCUUGUAUCCGAAGAAAACACUACGGCGAUAGAGGUAGAAACAGAAAGACGCGGCAAGUACAUUGUCUGCUUCGACCCACUCGAUGGAUCCUCCAACAUUGAUUGCCUGGUCUCCGUCGGAUCUAUCUUCGCUAUUUAUAAAAAAACAUCGAAUGGCGAGCCUUCUGUAGCCGAUGCUUUACGACCGGGCAGCGAGUUGGUAGCGGCUGGGUAUGCCCUUUACGGGUCUGCCACUAUGCUGGUGCUCUCUAUCGGAAAGGGCAAGGGAGUCAACGGCUUCCUGUACGAUCCAUCUAUUGGAGAGUUCAUACUCACAGACCCUAACAUGAGGAUUCCUGAGAGGGGAAAUAUCUUUUCUGUUAACGAAGGUUAUGCAGCAGAAUGGGAGAAUGGUCUCUUAAGGUACGUGCAAGAUAAGAAGGCUCCUAAAACGGGCAAGGCGUACGGAGCCCGUUAUGUGGGUUCCAUGGUCGCCGACGUGCACAGAACCAUCAAGUACGGAGGCAUCUUCCUGUACCCCGCCACCAAGUCAGCCCCCAGUGGAAAAUUGCGUCUUCUAUACGAAUGCAAUCCGAUGGCGUUCAUCGUGACCGAGGCGGGUGGUUUAGCCACCAAUGGAAGAAUACCGACGUUGGACAUCCAACCUACUGCUAUUCACCAGCGCGCGCCCUGUUUCCUCGGCUCCAAGAGAGACGUCGAAGAAUUGCUUACAUACUUAAAAUGAUAUUGUCUGUGAUAAACUGUACUAUUUAGUAAGAUUCGUGCCAGAAAGGUCAAUUAUAAUUUAUUAG